UAUCAAAUAUAAAAACUCCAAACCGUGUUGAGGAAGAAACAGAGAGAAGGAACAGGAAUCACUCCCAAGUUCGCUCAAGCAGAUCAAAUUCUGAAGCAAGAAAUGGCUGAACAGGAACAUGAAAGGAGUUGGAAACCGAUUCAUCAGUUGAUGUUUGACUACCUAAAACAUUUGGGAUACGAUGACGCUGUUGUAGAGGAAUUCAAGAAGCGAUGUCUGGAUGCCAAUUAUCCGUACUUCAAACCUUUCGAUGAUUGGAUUUUCAUCCGUACCAGUUUUCCUAGUAGCUCCAGUGGACCUGUUCAGAUCGGGAAAGUUACUACCAUUGAUCCUACAAAAGUUUAUCGACUUAUUAGUGGAGAAGCACGUCUUGUUGAGGAGUUUGGGAAUGUUACUUUGAAUGAGACAACAGGGGGGACUAUGGAUGAUCGGAUUUUCCGCCCUACAAGUUUUCCUAGUAGCUCCAGUGGAACUGUUCAGAUUGGGAAAGUUACUUCCACUGAUCCUACAAAAGUUUAUCGACUUGUUAGUGGAGAAGCACGUCUUGUUGAGGAGAUUCAGAAUGUUCCUUUGUAUGAGAUAGAUGUAACAACUAGUGAUCCCCUUGCCUUUCCUAAUGAGACAGCAGAGACAUUUAGUGAUCCCUUUUCUCCUUAUGAUCCAGAUGAGACAAUUAGUGAUCCCAUUCCCUUAUCACCCAUUCCCUAUGAAUUGGUGGAUCCUGAAAAGGUGCAUAUGUUUGGAGAAAUACUGGGAGUGGGGUUACUACCACCUCCAUCGGAUCCUUCGCUCAAGGACUGAAGUUGUUCUAUGGAGCUGUCUUCCCUUAUUACUGCGAAAAGGUUGAGGACGGGAGGAUAUAGAAAAUGCAAAAACAAAAAAAACAGCUUAGGAGUGUUGAUACAGCAUAACGCAGGCACCACUCUCUUGAGAUACAAAAUGUGAAUAGAAUUGAAGACGACGAUAAUAUUGAACAUGUGACUUUACUUGCAUAGUUGUUAAAACAUAUGAUGAAAUAAUGAGCUCUUGGCAUAGUAGUAGCCACUCCUUAUGAUCUCUAAUAGGUUGUCUCCCUUUGAAUAGCAAAAUUAGUAUGCAUUAUAGCCAUAAAUAAAUAAAAACCCUCUUCCUUCAUCAUUUGCCUGUCCAGGUAAACCUUUUAUUCUUUUUUCCUGUCCUUUUCUGGGUGUACCAGA